AAAUUGACUUUGACAAAUCUUUCUUGUUCACCAAACCAUCGUAAUCAAUCGAAUAUUGAAUAAUACGCAGUCGAUCCCUCCGUACGUAACUCCGGCAAUCAUUCACCCCUCAUUAUAGCGGCUUCGAGUAUCACUUGCAAUCUUUUUACUCCGAUAGGAAGAAAUUAACCCAUCUGUCUUUCCUGAAGUGGCAGCGGCGAUAAGCUUCCAUGGAAUAGUCUAAGAUUGCCCGUAAGUUCUAUUCCUCGUGGGAUGACCAAGGACAAGUAAACCGUACACAGUGAUAAAACAUGAUAGGAUGGAUAGGUAAUGGAUUCAUAUCUUACACGGUGCUCAUCUUCACCUCAUACUCUUUCGGUGGUUGAGAGCUUCCUCUUCCAGCAGACAUCCAUUUCGGACAGGAAAAUGGCACGUUGUUUUCAAGGUUGGGUAUUUUUGUUAGCCGUGCUAGUAUUGGCAUUAAGCACUCCAUGUUCACAUGCACAUCUGAAACACAAGAAAUUUAAGACCAAGACUGGCGUCUACCUCUCCCCUAAGUUUGUGUUGGAACCAGGAUUAAGUUCCAGCAAAUACUUUUACAACGUUCACUUCCCAAAAGGUCACAUUGCCCUAAAGAGUUUCAAUGCUGAAAUAAUUGAUGAAGAAGGGAAUUCCAGUCCUCUUCAUGAAGUCUACGUCCAUCACUGGCUUGUUGAAAGAUAUUAUGCUCGGAAAGGUUACGUGGAGCCAGAUCAGCAGCUUCCCCAGCAGCUCUCGGAAUCGGAUGUUAUAUGGCUGAGGAACAGUGGGAUGUGCCAGAAUGGUGCUCUUGGACAAUAUUUUGGACUCGGAUCCGAAACACGAAAAACAGCCACACACGUUCCAGGUCAUUAUGGAAUCGAAGUUGGGGAUGGUAAAGGGGUUCCUGAAGGGUUUGAGGAGAGAUGGAUGCUCAACGUGCAUGCAAUUGAUACUAGAGGUGUGGAAUAUGACCUAGGGUGCACGGAGUGCAGGUGUGAUAUGUAUAACGUGUCCAGGGAUCCAAGUGGCCAGCCUCUGCCGGCUGGGUACGCCGGGGGUUUGACAUGUUGCCCUGAUGGUGCAAAGUGCAGACUGAAACAAGGGUUUGGUGGUGAAAAGAAAAACCACUACUUGAGAUAUACUGUGAAGUGGGUUGACUGGUCCGAGUCUGUUGUGCCUGUCAAGAUUUAUAUCCUUGAUGCCACUGAUAGAAUGAAUCAUUCAGCACCUACUGGAGCUAAACACAAUUGCCUGGUCGAAUAUGAUGUUGAAAAAUCUUGCAAUGCCACUAAUGGGUGCUUAGACAACAAAUGGGCAAAGAUUACAAUGCCAACCGGUGGUUAUGUCAUCUAUGGUGUAGCCCAUCAGCACAUUGGGGGGCUUGGUUCAACACUGCAUGGAGAGGAUGGAAGGGUUUUGUGUUCGUCAACACCAAUUUAUGGAAAAGGCAAAAAAGCGGGAAAUGAGGCUGGUUAUGUCAUUGGAAUGACCACUUGUUACCCUCGGCCGGGCUCAGUCAAGAUAAAAGAUGGAGAGACACUGACUGUAGUUUCUAACUACGAGAGCACUCAGAUGCAUAGCGGAGUUAUGGGUCUCUUCUACAUUUUGGUUGCAGAAACACUUUGAGUAACAUAAGCUACUAUUAUCACAUAAAAUAAACAUUUGUAAGAUCAUAUUCAUCUGUUUGGUGAACGUGUGAUGAAGUUAUAAAGCUCCUAUCAACUUAAUAAAUUUGAAGAUUUGCAUAAAUAUUCAGGUGCUUGUUCACGAUAUGAUCGUCACUAUAUGCAAAGUUGAAAGCAAGAUAUCAGUUUAGCACCAUCUCGUUUGAAUAAAAAUUUGAUGUCGUUACCGACAUAUUCAUCC